AGGUAAACUGCUGCAGAAGGAACAUAACAUACAUACCGAGCUGAAUGGGAACACAGGAUGUAAUGUCAUGGAUGUUCUGGAGUUGAUGGAACUUUCUACACCAUUAGACUGUAGGAGGAAACCAGAGCACCCGGAGGAAACCCACAUGGUCACAGGGAUAACGUACAAGCUCCUGACAGGCAGUGGCUGGAAUUGAACCUGGGUCACCUGUACUUUAAGGACCUCCUCCCUUUUCCUAUCUAUGCCAUUGGUACCAACAUGUACAAGACAGCUGGCUGCUCGCUCUCUCCUUUCAGAAUAUUCUGGACCCGAUCCGAGACAUCCCAUACCUGGCACCUGGGAGGCAACACACCUUGCAGGUAUCUCUAUCAGGCUCACAGAAUCUCUUGUCUGUUCCUUCGACUAUGGAUUCCCUUAUGACAACUGCAUUCCUCUUCUCCCUCCUUCCCUCCUGCACAACAGCGCCAGGCUCAGUGCCAGAGACCUGGUCACUGUGGCCGUCCCCUGUCAGAACAUCCCCCUCAACAGCAUCCAAAACAAUAUAUUUGUUGAUGAGGGGGGCAGCCACAGGGGUGCUCUCCAUUAUCCGGCCGUUUCCCUUCCCUCUCCUGACAGUCACCCAGUUUUCUGACCCCUGUAGCCUAGGGAUGACUACCUCCCUGUAGCUCCUGUCCAUCACCUCUUCACUUUUGCUAAUAAGCAGUAGGUCAUCAAGCUGCAGCUCCAGAUCCCUAACACGGUCUCUGAGGAGCUGCAUCUCGGUGCACCUGGCGCAGAUGUGACCAUCAGGGAGGCUGAAGGUCUCCCAGGAUUCCCACACCUGACACCCUGAACCAUUUCACUGUAAGAUCAUAAAACAUAGCAGCAGAAUUGGGCUACAGCCCAUCAAGUCUGCUCCACUAUUCUCUUGUGGCUGAUUUAUUAUUCCUUUCAAUCCCUUUCUCACGCCUUCUCCUUGUAUACCUUAACAUCUAAACUAAGCAAGAAGCUACCAACCUCCAUUUUAAAUGUACCCAAUGAGUUGGCCAGCAUAGCUGCAUGUGGUAAUGAAUUCCACAGAGUCACCAGCCUCUGGCUGAAGAAAUUCCUCCUCAUCUCAGUUCCAAAGAGACAUCUUCCAUUCUGAGGCUGAGCCGUCUGGUCCUGACACCCCUCACCGUAGAGAACAUCCUCCCACAUCCACUCUAUCCAGACCUUUUUAUACUCAAUAGGUUUCACUGAGAUCCCUCUCAUUCUCCUAAACUCCAGUGAGUACAGGCCCAGAGCCAAAUGCUCCUCCUAGGUUAAGGAGAAAACAGCAGCAGUAGCCACGUCUGUGACAUCAGGAAUGGCUCUGACUCAGCGGGGAAGGCUGAAGACAGACAGGAAUCCUGUAUUAAGGGAUGCGAUAGAAGGCUGGACUGCAUAUUUCUGUUGACUGACGGACCAUGGCAGUUGUACAGUUUUUCAGUAAGGAAGGAGAUGCCCAUAGGAUUGAAAAAUGUCUUUCAAGAGAGAUUGAAGCUGUGAAGUUACUGGCCACUUUGCUGAGAAAAGUCAGGAACAGGAACUUGACUGAGAUGGAUAUUGCCAACAUCCAGAUGCUGGUCCAGGAAGCGCACAGUGGAGCACAGGGAGCAUAUGACACAGUUUCUGGCUACCUCAGAAAGGUUCAGUCAGACUGUGAGAAGUUAACGGAAGAGAAAGGCCGAUUGCAAGAAGCAAGGAAAGAGAAGAAACAGCAGCUGAGCCAUUUACAAGCCCAGUUACCGAACAUUAGAAAGGAGAAGGAAGAAUAUGAAAAUCGCCUGCGUCGUUCGAGAGAGUCACUGAGACAUGCAGAACAAGCAUUGGAGAAACAAAAGGAAACUGAGAGGCUGAUGAAAACUGGACGGAACAUUGGAAUUGGGCUUUUAUUUAUUCCCAUUAUUGGCACAAUUGCAGGAACUGUAACUGUCGUUGCUUGUGAAAUCGGUAGAGCCAAUGCAGCGAAGAAUUAUCAAUUGAUCAAGAGACAAAUGCAAAGAGAAGAGGAGUACAUUUCAAAGUGUUCAAGGGAUCUGGAAACCUGUAUCUCCCGCAUCACAGAGACGAUGAUUGAGAUUUUCCUGACAGAACAAAGAAUUAACGGUGUGGAGGAUCAACUCGACAGCCUACCUGAGCAUCUGAAAACUUGCUUUGCAUUAGAUUACCUGCUGAAACACGGGACAGUUGCUGUCAAUGAACUGCUUGGUAAAGUGGAAGUGUUGAAGUUUCGCAGUGAGAAAUUCUGUAACGUGGAUGCACUGGUCAUUGUUCUCAAUGACAUCAUUGCCCACAUAUUAAAGCUGCCCAACCUGCUGGAUGGGAAGGUGCUGCAACUGGAGGCUUCCACUGUUGAGAUGCUGGAAUCUCUCAGUGGUCGGCAGAAGGCUAUUGAAUGGUUCAGAUGUCAGUCAGUGGUGCUAAUGGCAAUGACCAUAGUAACUGUGUGUAUCGGACUGUGGUACUACAGGCAACUGAUGUGAACCAAGCUUUCUGACUCUGUUCCUGUUCCUGGCAUUUCAUUCACUCAUCUGGAGUGAACUAGAAGAGGAACAAGCUCACGGAGUCCAGGUCACCAUCAACCACCCAGUUACAUUUAUCCUGAUUGAAUCUCAUUUUUGAACCUCCCCACGUUCCCAACAAAUGUCUCCCUGAUUCCAAGUUUGAAGUCCAUUUAUUAUCAAAGUUUGUAUAUGUUACCAUACACCGCCUUGAAUUUAAAGUUACUGGCCUUUUCUGAAAAGUAAGGCACUUAACCACACAUUGCUCUGUGAUGACACUGGUGCCAAGUUGUAUUGGCACCUCCCCUUCCCUUGGACAACAUCAGUUGUGUGGAGAAGGGAGACUUGCAGCAUGGGCAACUGACAGUCUCACAUACAACCCUGGCCAGGCCUGCACCCUGGAAACUUUCCAAGGAGCAAAUCCACGGUCUUUUGAGACUAACUGAUGCCUGUAUAAACCGGGAUGUGGGCCAACAUGGCCUGAGGAGGUGGAAAGGCCUACUCUGUGUUGUAUCUCAAUAAAAUAAAACAACCAGGAUUUUAUAGAACUGCAAUAUUUUAGCAGUGGGAUUUCUGGGGAUUGUCAAGGAGGCACAGCUGAGGAGGGGCUAAAGCUGUAACUCCCCUAUUAAUCCAUUACCUUUGACUUGGUACAGACAGAAAAAGACAGUCAGGCAGUGAAACGAGGAAGAUGUCUGAAUUCAGGGAACCUCACAGGCUCCCCAAUGUGGGGUGCCCUCAGCAGCAGCUCCUGUCAGACCAGUUCAAGAACCCAGAGAUGCAUUUGGACGUACUCAGGGGACUGAGGAUGUGAAGGAUGUUUUCAUGAGGAGGUAACAUAUAAGUUACAGGCCACAGAGAGAUGUAGUUCAUUCCCAGCUUCUCUGGGGCUACAGAGGGUGAGCAAUUAAAUGUUGGGUCAGCCCAUGAAGCCCACAUCCCCUCAGAGUUGUCAUUUCAGAUCAGUGAUUGGAGAUGCAUAUCAAGAUAAAGAGAAACAUGUCUCCUCUCCACACUCUCAUCAACAAUUCUACAGUUAUCACCAUUUCACCGGUGAUGCCCGGUCCCUGGACAUCAUUAUUUCACAGGACCUCAUGUUGAAGAACCAUAUCUCCUUCAUUAACAAUACGACUCAGCAGAAUACCUACUUCUUAGAGUCAUAACAUAUUAGAAAAGUACAAUACAGAAACUGGUCCUUUGGCCUAUCUCAUCCAUACUGAACCAAUUAAACUGCCUCCUUCCAUUGACUGCAAUGCCAUAAUGCUCAACACCCUUACCAUCCAUGUACUUAUCCAGAUUUCUUUUAAAUGUUGAAAUCGAACUCACAUGCACCAUUUGUGUCGGCAUCUCGUUCCACACUCAUGACCCACUGAGUCAAGAAAUUCCCCCUCACAUUUCCCUUAAAUAUUUCACUUUUCACCCUCAACCCAUGACCUCCAGUUGUCUCCCACCCAAUCUCUUACCCUAUCUAUACCUCUCAUAACUUUGUGUGUACUCCUGUCAAUAUUCUAUGUUCCAAGGAAUAAAGUCCAAACCUACUCACCCUCUCCUUGUAAUGCAAGUCCUCCAGACCCGGCAACAUCCUUCUAAAUUUUCUCUACUGUAUACUCUUUCAACCUUACUGACAUUGUUUCCUGUCAGUAGGUGACCAAAACUCUUAAUUAAGCUUCACCAAUGUAUUAUACAAUUACAACAUAACAUCCCAUCUAUUUUACUCAGUACUUUAAUUUAUGAAGGCCAAUGUACGAAAAGCUCUCUGUGACCCUAUCUACCUGUGACACCACUUCAAUGAAUUAUGGUCCUGUAUUCUCUACAGUACUCCUCAGUGCUGUAACGUUCACUGUGUAAGAUCUACCCAGGUUGGUCCUACUGAAGUACAACACUUUUAAUAUUCAUAUUUAUUCAAGGCUGUGGGCUUUACAGGUAUCAGCAUUUAGUUGUCCAUCACCAGUAUCUCUAAGGUGUACUGUCCAUUUGUUUGUCCCACUCCUAUUUAUUCUCCUCAGUGCAUCUCACCCGUUGGGAUUAAGAUCCAUCUGUCAUUGUUCUGCCCCUUUUAUCAACUGAUCAUUAUCAUCAUGUGUCAUCCGAAGGAGGCUUGAGUCAGUGAUUCUGUGAUAGUCUACUGAGGAGUUGAUGGCCCAGUGUCUGUGAAUCCACUGGAGUCUGGAGGUGGUGGACAGGUGGGAGAGAAGAAAGGGGCUUGUCGUUCUAUUGUUACUUCGUCAAUUGCCAUGUUCUGUGUUGCUCUGCCAAGCAUUAUGGCCAUGAUGUUUGGUUACUGGAAUGUGAUAGGAGAGGAGAGUGGACUCCUGAAUAGUCCUGUAAAGGAAAGGUCAGUGCCUUUAAGCCAUUUCGUUUCGUUACAUAAAUUCUUUGUGGGAAAAGUUCGAUUUGGGAACCAAAGCAACACGACAUGAAAGAGAAUUUAAAUCGUUUUAAAAAGUCUCUCCCUUAAAUGGACUGUGAGCAUUUUGAACUUUUGGCAAUACUACUUUGAAGAACUGUUUUUGCAACAUCACUUUAAGAACUGUUUAAGCAUCAUUGCUUUAAGAACUGUUUACGCUGCCGCACAGCAGCUGAUUUCCGGUUACGUUAGUGAUUUGUUUACUUUUGGGGGUUUGUUUUCAGUGUUUAAUAAACAUGUUAUUUGUUA